UUUUCGAAAAGUGCAGAUACUUAUUGGUUACUUAAAAAUAUAAUUUAAUAAGAAUUUGCACUUUUUGUAAAGUGGAGAAAGUGUAGGUAACAAGGAGAACAGAGACCUAUUCGCCACGGUGCCCAUUCUAGUAUCGUUCUCAAUCGUACAGAGAUGAACAGGGAGAUGCACAACACUGCGAUUUAGCGCCAUGCUUCUGGUAUCGCCUAAAACUGCUCUUAUAGUGGCGGUUGUGAUCAGUCGUGACAGGGACUGUAAUCGUGACUAGUCGUGAUGCUGGUGAUAUAACAUUGUAACGUACAUACAAGCGAGUUCUGCUGUGUCACGUGCAAACCAAGUAGUAUUGUAUAAGUAGGUGCAGAACUUUUGCAUACAUAAAGUUCAUCAUCAUUUACCACCACCGCUCCUUGUGCAACUCCGUGGAUAAUAGACUGCAUACCGUGAACAAAUAUCCAGACUGUUAAUCAAAUUAUCGUCAACGAAGAAAGAUGACGGAGCACAAUUUUCCACCGCUGCUAAACGAUCGGUUACUCAGAGCCGCGCGAGGUGAAACAGUUGACAGAGCUCCAGUUUGGAUAAUGAGACAAGCAGGACGAUAUCUUCCGGAGUUCAGAGAAACAAGAUCCAAACACGACUUCUUUUCCAUUUGUCAAACUCCCACGUUAGCAUGUGAAGUCACACUUCAGCCUAUUAGACGCUUUGACUUAGAUGCAAGCAUCAUAUUUUCAGAUAUUCUAGUUAUACCGCAGGCUAUGGGAUUGGUGGUUGAAAUGAGACCUGGUGUGGGUCCGGUACUACCAGAUCCAUUAUCGGAUCCGUCCCACAUUUCAAGAUUAGUGAGACCCGAUGUGGAGAAGGUGCUUGGCUAUGUGGCCGAUGCAAUUACAUUAACCAGACAGGGUCUACAGGGAAAAGUACCGCUUAUUGGUUUCACUGGAGCUCCGUGGACGUUAAUGGGAUACAUGAUCCAAGGUGGUGGUAGUUCAACAAUGGCCCAGGCACGCUCUUGGCUCUAUAAAUAUCCAGAAGCAUCACACAAACUUUUACAACUCCUUACUGACAUUAUCAUUGAUUACUUGGUAAUGCAAAUAAAAGCCGGUGCACAGUUGCUUCAGGUUUUCGAAAGUAACGGUGAUUAUUUAGACGAUGCUCUAUUUCGCGAGUUUUCUUACAAAUAUCUUAAGGAGAUCAGUGUAAAUGUGAGAAGGAAGCUUAAUGAAAAGAAUAUUCCGCAAGUACCCAUGACAAUUUUUCCAAAAGGGGCAACACUUAAAUCUUUGGAAAUGCUUGCAAAGGAUGGAGAUUACGAAGUGAUAGGACUGGACUGGACCGUGGACCCUGCGGAAGCGAGAAAACGAUUGGGUCCUAACGUUACGUUGCAAGGGAACAUGGAUCCCUGCGCUCUGUACGCUACUGAGAACGAGGUAUUCGAACGUGGAGCGCGCAUGGUCAAAAGUUUCGGGAAAUCUCGCUACAUCGCCAACUUGGGUCAUGGAAUCUUACCUGACAGUCCGAUUCCUUCUGUGGAAGCAUUUAUCAGUGGUGUGCAUUCGAUUUGACUUAAAAAAAUACGUUGUACACGAGAGAUUGGCAAGACAUUUAUAAUAACAGUUAUUACAUAAAGGAAAUUUACAAUAUGCAUAAGCAUUUAAAAUGCAUUUGUACCGCUCUGUUACAUAAUCUAGCAAUAUCAUUUUUAAAUAUUUGUACGUUUUUCUAUUAACGGGACUAGGGAGUGCUGACGCCAAAAAUGUUUGGUUCCCUCCAAUAUUUUGUGCUAUCUAUUUCUCGCGCAUCUCAAACUUUAGUUAAUUGUUUAUAUGUAUUGUAGAAAAGAUUUCUUGUGUACUAUUACCAUGAAUCAUGUUUGACAAAGUAGCCUUAUUAAAAAUUCAUUUGAAACUUAAA